AUGGCUUCGUCCUCGUUCCGCGAUUCUAUCAACUCACUUGGAUGGGCGCGUCGCGACACCGACCUCCCAGUUCACACUUCUCGACAAACCGGUCUCUUCUCGUCGCUUCAGUCGUUAAAUCCGUUUGGUGACCGGGGUUAUGUUCAACUUCCAACAACCGAGGGCCCCGGGGCUCCCUUACCAGCACCCAGUCGUCGCGAGGAGGAGGAGGGGUGGUUUGCAUUGAGCCGAUGGGACCGACUCUUGAUAUUUGCUGCUUGCAAUAUUGCCGCGCUAGUCUGCUUCGUCCUUGUUAUUGCUCUCUUUCCGGCCCUGAGUCUUGCAAGACCACGUAAGCUCAUGAUCUUAUGGACACUGGGCUCUAUUCUCUUCCUUUCCUCCUUCGCCGCUGUUAUGGGUCCAUGGGCAUACGUGCAGCACUUGACUUCGACGCCGAGGCUGCCCUUCACUGCUGCCUACUUUGGCUCCUUGGGGUUGACCAUUUACUUUUCGAUCGGUCUCCAAAGUACAAUCCUCACGAUAUUCUCAGGCCUUAUUCAACUUGGUUGCCUAAUCUGGUAUCUGGUCAGCUACUUUCCCAUGGGAUCGAGCGGCCUUCGCCUUGUGAGCAGUUUUGGUGCGCGCAGAGCCGCGACUUGGAUGACCGGGUAG